CGUAUUGAGUUUACGUCUGGUUCACAAAUGGUACACUGCAAUCUCUUGUCCAGCGUUGCCUCAGAAAAUCCUGCAUAAAAACUGGGAAACUCCAGAAAUUUAGGACCGCUCUCCAUCCUUACUCUGCACCUGCCAAAACUCUGGAUUAGAAGAAGAAGAAGAGAAGUCGCAGAUUUGAAAAAAGAGAGAAGACGAAGAAGAAAAGGUGCAGAUUUUAAUCUCACGCACAUUGCUUAAUGGGGUUAGAAAAAGGGUCAUCCUCUAAUGCUUUGAGAGCGCCGCCACCACCAGCCAGGGAGGAUACACCGCUUCUGGGUGGACCACAAGCUUUGUCCUCUCAAUCCAAGACCUUUGCCAAUGUUUUCAUUGCUAUUGUGGGGGCUGGCGUAUUAGGCCUCCCCUACUCUUUCAAGCGCACCGGCUGGGUCAUGAGCCUCCUCAUGAUCUUCGCCGUGGCCGUUCUCACUCACCACUGCAUGAUGCGUCUGGUCUACACUCGCCGCAAGCUGGAAUCCCUAAAAGAGCUCUCCAAGAUUGCGUCUUUUGGCGAUUUGGGUUUUACAGUUUGUGGCCCUGUCGGGAGAUUCCUUGUUGACAUUCUGAUUAUUUUAUCCCAAACUGGUUUUUGUAUUGGUUAUUUAAUUUUCAUUGGCAAUACUUUAGCCGAUCUUAUGAAUUCGAACCCCCAAAUCCUGGGAUUGGCGCCCAAGAGCUUUUACAUAUGGGGAUGUUUACCGUUUCAGCUGGGGUUGAGUUCGAUAGCAACGUUGACCCAUUUGGCCCCUUUGAGUAUUUUUGCUGAUGUGGUUGAUCUUGGGGCUAUGGGGGUGGUGAUGGUUGAGGACGUGUUGGUUUUUCUGAAACAAAUGCCUGCUCUGAAGGCAUUUGGAGGUCUUUCUGUGUUCUUUUAUGGUAUGGGUGUGGCUGUUUAUUCCUUUGAAGGGAUUGGGAUGGUGUUGCCAUUAGAAUCAGAGAUGAAAGAUAAGGACAAGUUUGGUAGAAUUCUGGCCUUGACAAUGGCUUUCAUUUUCUUGCUGUAUGGGGGAUUUGGAGCUUUGGGUUACUUUGCUUUUGGUGAAGAAACACAGGACAUGAUCACAGCUAACUUGGGCGCAGGCUUGGUGAGCACGCUGGUUAAACUCGGUCUGUGUGUGAAUCUGUUCUUCACCUUGCCUAUAAUGAUGAACCCGGUUUAUGAGAUAGUGGAGAGGAGGUUUUGGGAUGGCGCCUACUGCCUGUGGCUCAGGUGGUUCCUGGUUUUCUUGGUGAGUUUGGUGGCUUUGUUGGUCCCGAAUUUUGCUGAUUUCUUGUCUUUGGUGGGGAGUGGGGUUUGCUGUGCUUUGGGAUUUGUUUUGCCUGCCUUGUUUCACCUGCUGGUGUUUAAGGAGGAGAUGGGGUGGAAAGGAUGGUGUUUGGAUGUGGGGAUUGUGGUUUUAGGAAUUGUUCUUGGAGUUUCAGGAACUUGGUAUGCUCUGCAAGCAAUUCUCUCCUCAAAAAUGUAUUAAUGUCAAACCAAUAAUCAACUGUGAAUGGUAGCGUAGAGUCGAUUAUGAUCUGUCUUACCAAUGUUGGUGGGAAAUGAUCUUUCAUAUAUUAUAAUCUGUCUUACCAAUGUUGGUAGGAAAUGUUCUUUUAUUAAAAGCACGCCCAAGUACAAGGGGGUUGUAUGUUUGCAAGAGAAAUUGCAAUCUCUAAGAAAUUGCGAUUUGUGAUGUUCCAGUGGGGGUUGAUUACAAUUUCCAUGACUCUGGCAUUUAGAUUUUAUUCUAGAAUAAUAAUAGCAUGUGAUGGAAUUGGAAA